CUGCGUCGGUAGGUGCACGGAACAUUUCAAUAUAUUCAAUUCUAUUUAAUACGUCGACGCCAAGUUUUUUGGUUGUAACUUUAUUGUAUCGGUUUACGUCAAAGCGUAAUUUGUGUAUUGUUAUUUAACACUGAAGAACUUGACGUUUCUUUCGUUCCCGUAUCGGACUACUCGUUAGUGACGUUCGUGAGUUUCCGUCCCUUUGCUAAUGGAUGACGAUACAAUUGCAUUUGGGGAGGAGGAUGAGACUAACCAAAAUGCUGGCAAACUCAAACAUCCAUACGUUACCUUAUUUCAUCUAGCCUUCAGAGCUGCAGCAAUUGUAGUUUAUAUGUUGUGUGGGUGGUUUUCGAAUAGUUUCAUAGCUAGUUUUGUAACAGUGGUAUUACUAUUGUCAAUGGACUUUUGGACAGUGAAAAAUAUUACUGGAAGGCUAAUGGUUGGUCUUAGGUGGUGGAAUUACGUGGACGAUAAUGGGAAAAGUCAUUGGGUAUUUGAAUCUAAAAAGAAUCGGAUAAAUAUCACGGAAGCUCGUAUCUUUUGGUUGGCUUUAAUUCUCUGUCCAGUUUUGUGGUCGAUAUUUUUCGUGAUCGCUCUGUUCGGCUUGAAAUUUAAAUGGUUGCUACUCGUUUGCAUCGCGAUUGUAUUAAAUGGCGCGAAUCUGUACGGAUACGUAAAAUGCAAAAUGGGAAACGAUAAAAAUAUAUCUAUGGCCACGAGCGACUUUCUCAGGAAACAAGUCAUACAAAAUGUUGCGUCAAUGAUGACCAGAAGUCCCCCAGCGAAUAAUCCAAACGGACCGACCAAUGUGAUAUAAAGCUCCGAGUCACAGCUUCGAUAUUAUUUAAGGAAACUAUAGCCAUAUUCGGCAGUGAGGAAUGCGAUCCUCCGCAUUAGAAAUAAACAUUUGUACAUAACGAUAAGAUAAUUGUCUGUUUAAGUCGUAACAGGAUACUAUAAUAAAUCUGCUAUUU